GAGCGAGCACGAUCAGUGCACCAGCAACCAUGAGAGCUUUACUACCCAGCGUCGCCUCUGUACUGCUACUGCUAAUGCUAACAUCGGCGCAAAGAGGAGAUUUCUCUGUAAACCCGGAUCAGUGUAACAAAAACGAUGGAUUCGGGCAGUACUGUCCCACCACGUGUGGUGUAGCAGAUUAUCUCCAUAAUUACAAGCCGGGCGUGAUGAACGACCUGAGGUACAUGGACGAGCUUCUGCAGGAGAUCAACAACCUCACCAAGGGCGCCCAGGAUAAAGUGGUGUACCUGAAGGACACGGAGAAACAAACGCUCAAGUCCUCACCAGACACGUACAUCCAGAAAUCAUCCAGCAUGCUGGACGACGCGCUCCGCUUCGAGAAAAGCAUCGUCAGCCAGCAAGAACAAAUCUACGAGUUACAGCAGAUGUUAGCGGCUAAUGAGAAGCGCAUGCUGGAUCUGAAGCAGUUGUCGUUUCAGCUGGAGCAGAAAUGUAAAGCAUCAUGUAAAGACACGGUGGAGAUACAAACCACCACCGGCAAAGAUUGUCAGGAUAUUGCUAAUAAAGGAGCUAAAGUGAGUGGAUUGUACUACGUGAAACCUGCCCGAGCCACCUCAGCUUUCCUCGUCUACUGUGAGAUCGACACAUUCGGUCGUGGAUGGACGGUGCUGCAGAGGAGACGUGACGGCAGCGUGAACUUCAACAGGAACUGGAUCCCAUAUAAGCAAGGAUUCGGGUACCUCUCACCUGACGACUCCACCGAAUUCUGGCUGGGGAAUGAGAAGAUCCACCUGCUCUCGGUCCAGUCCUCAAUCCCUUACGUGCUCCGGAUUGAGAUGGUGGACUGGGAGGGCGUCAAAAAACACGCCGACUACGCCAUGUUCAAAGUGGGUCCGGAGGCCGACCAGUACCGCCUGACCUACGCGUACUAUUUCGGAGGAGAAGCCGGCGACUCCUUCGAGGGCUUCGACUUCGGCGAUGACGCCAGUGACAAAUUCCUCACGUCUCACAACGGCAUGCAGUUCAGCACGUCCGACAGAGACAACGAUAAGUUCGACGGGAACUGCGCUAAGCAGGACGGGUCCGGGUGGUGGAUGAACCGGUGCCACGCUGCCCAUCUGAACGGGAAAUAUUACGCCGGUGGCAAGUACACCAAGAAGGACGCCGGUGAGCACGGCUUCGACAACGGCAUCAUCUGGGCUACGUGGCACAGCCGCUGGUACUCGCUGAAGCAGACCACCAUGAAGAUCAUACCCAUCAACAGGAUUAACGCAGGGGGGCAGCAGGGGGGUAUCGAACAGCUGGGAAAAGGAGACUUUCCAACACGCUAAAUAUCAGGUUUAGUUUACUAUAAAGCACCGGAUCACCAUAAACCAUAAAGCCAGCAGAGUUCUUCUGUUAAUACUAGUAUUGUCAUAUACAUACAUACAUACACUUAUCAUUUUGGAUUUACCUGUUCAAACUGGGCCAAACAAAACAGUCUGUUAGCAAGUGAGAACUUUAUGAAUAUAAUAAUGAUAUAAUUAAUAAACCACUUUUUAAAAAAUGUGUUUUUGUCCAAUUAUCUUCAUGUUAUAUUUCUAAAUAUUAAAAAACAAGUACAUUUUUACUUAAUUUGACACAUUUGCUUAUUUUCCACUUUCAUCUUUACUUGCUAACUCAUCAUAUAUAAAUUUUAGUCACAUCAUAUUCACAAAAAGAAAGACAUUUCCAUUCUAGGAUUCCUUUUACAGUUCACCGCAGUCCCGGUGGACUCUGGUUCCUCGGUGACGGUUGAUAAAUAUUUUCUCUUCCUGCACAGACUUUGUAUCUUCAUUGAUUGCACGAGUCGAUGUCUGAACUGUUGAGUUUGCUCAGUUAAACAAGCCUGUCUGAUUGAGUCAAUAAAUUCCUUCAACGUUUUUAAAAUGAACAA